UCACCGCCAUGGCGCUGUCAUUAGCACUAGGAAGAAGAUCAAAUCUCAAGUGCUUCUCAGUGGUUUCGAGUACGCUCAACUGGAGGAUCGGGGGAUUAGGAUUAGGAAGAAGAGGAUACAACACUAGUCUCCCAGAAGUAGUUCCAUUUAAGGAAGAAUUCGAGAUUGGUUCUUACCGUGUUAGUUUUGAAACAAGCUGCCCUCCUGAUGAUCAGCAAUCUGGUGAUGUUGUAUUGACGUCACAAUACAUUGGAAAAGAGGAGGACCCAUCAUCGUUGUUUCGAUUGAAAGAAAAUAAUCUUUUAUCUACCAAAGUCUUCUCAACUGUUUCUGCCUCUCCUCUUCUUCCUGAUGUCAUCCCGCGCUCUUCGCCCCGCAUAAAGGUUGAUUACCAAGGAAACCAGUUUCCUACUAAUGACGGUGUCAGUCAGUCUUUCAUGCCGAGGGAGAGUGCUCGUAUUAUUCGGACACCUAUUCGUCCUCUUUUUCCAGCACACUUUUACCAUGAUGUGGAGGUUAUGGCAAGAGUUCUAUGUUGCGACGGAGAACAAAAUGCAGAUGUAAUGGCUGCCAAUGCUACAUCUGCAGCUCUUAUGCUAUCUGACAUUCCUUGGGGUGGCCCAAUUGGGGUUGUGCGUAUAGCAAGGGUAUGGGGAGAAUUUGUUAUUAAUCCAUCAAGGAAUGAGCUUUACUUUGGUGACCUCGACUUGGUUUAUGCCUGCAAUGGAGAUCAUCAAACUCUAAUGGCAGACGCUCAAGCUCGUGAGGUUACGGAGAAAGAUCUAAAACAGGCGCUACAGCUAGCACAUCAACAGGCUGUAAAAUAUCUUGACCCUCAAACUGCAUUGGUUAAAAAAGCUGGGAAGCAUAAGAAGGAUUACACAUUAACAAUGCUCAAGGAGAGUACCAUUCAGAAAAUCAUGAGCUUGGUGGAAGCACCAUUCGAAGCUUUCUUUCCUGAUUCUGAAAAUGAAAAGACUCAGAUCAAGGGGGACAAAGUUUUGGGCAAAAUUACAAGAGAUGCAAAAAGAGUGUUGGGGGUGGGGAAACACGAUGAAGAGGUGAAGGUUCUUCCAAAUAUCAACAUACGAAAGAAAAUGAUUGGGGGUGAGGAAUCUCUGGUCAAACUUACAGAAGAUGUAAAAAGAAUACUGGAAGUGGAAGAGCACAAUGAUGAAGAGAAAAAAAAAGCUAAGAUGGUUGACAUGCUAAAAAAAAAGGCUUUCCACAGGUGGAUUAGUGAGAAGGAUCUUAGAGUUGAUGGGAGGCGUCUUGACAAUGUUAGGCGGUUAAAAUGUGAAUAUUCUAAAGUCUCAGAACUGGAGGGAUCAUCACAAUUUGCUUGUGGGCUGACUCAGGUUACAUGCACAGUGACACAAAGAAGACCAACAAAGGAUGAAGCUAAAAAUAUGGGUGGAAAUCAUCCCCUUCUCCGUUUCCCUAGAUUUUUGUACAAUAGUCCACCCUUCAGAGUUGAUGGAAACUGGAAAUUAGGUGAUUGCAAUAGUUAUGAUGCACGGGACGGCGAUUUUGUGGAGAAAGCUUUGGUUGUGCUGCUACCUGUAGAAUAUAACUUUCCAUAUGUUGUUUGUGUCGACUCAGAAGCUAUACAUUCUGAUGGUUCAGUCUCUACAGCCACUAUUUGUGGGGGGAGUGUUGCUUUAAUGGCUUCUGGUGUCCCUCUAAAGAAACAUGUGGCUGGUGUUUCAGUGGGCACCGUCAGUGAAGUUUAUCCCACUGAUGGAAAGAUGAACAAUUACCGAAUACUGACAGAUCUAUCAAGUUUAGAGGAGCAUCUAGUGGACAUGAACUUCAAAGUUGCAGGCUCGCGAGAUGGAAUUACAGCAAUUCGAUUGGAUUUAAAUGUAGCUGGUGUUCCUUUAGGUAUCAUCUGUGGCUGCUUAGGACCUGCAUUAAAAGGUUGCCUUGAAGUCCUUGAUACGAUGGACCAAAAGAUCAGUAAUCCUAUUUAUUGUACUUCAGAUGAUUGGGGUUGGAGUGACGCGACAGUAGUUGCAUAUAGGCUUCCCACUAAGUCUAUUGAACGCUUGACUGUAUCUAAUGGUGCAUGGCAGAGGGAUUUCGAACGGAAAACAGGAACAAGGAUUUCGUUGACGAAAAAUGGAGCGGUUACAAUAGCUGCAAAGAAUGAAACAAGUCAUUUGCUAGCUAGGCAAAAGGUUGAAAAUAUUAUUGCGCAUGAGGUUGAAUUUGGAAGGCUACAUGAAGACGAGGCAACCCUAAUGAAGAGCUACGUGGAAAUAUCAGCUGAGCAGGUUGAAAGAGCAUAUAUGUAGGUUUAGCGUCAACAAUUGUCUUUAAGCGGUUUCAGUUGCAAAACAUUGGCUCCACCGACGCGUAGAUUUGGAUUUGCCAGUUAAUUCCUUGGGGUUCUCUGUAAAGAUGGCCAAGAAUUAUGUGAAUCCAAUUUAUCAGAAAUAUCUGAUUUCUUAUCUAGGUGGACAUCGACAUAAAACUAGUUCAACUUGAAUGCAUCAUGUAGAACUCCGUGAAGAUGAAGAGAGUUUUACUUCAUCCAGAUUUCUUUCAUUAGUAUAAAAACAAGGAAACUAACGACCGAUU